GUGUGUGUGUGUGUAUAUGCGCGCGCGCGUGCUCGCUGGUGCAUGUGCUUACCCACAGUCGUGUUGUGUGCUGCGGUCCGCACUCUGCCUCCGGUCGUCAACUUCCACGCACUUAUUGGAUUUUAGUCCGCAGUGGCCACAAACCAAGCGGCACCCGCGUGGGUCAACCGCGAAUCCGACUCCCGUCACUCGCCGGCCCACCCCCACCCCCACCCCGGGGAGCUCCGCGGUGAAGUCGGCGGCGGCGGCGGCGUCGCGCUGCGAGUGAGGUCGACCGGGAGGCGCUGCUCGGCGGGCAUGGCUUCGCCUCCGUGCGGCAACUUGGACUCCGGCCUAGAAAUCAAAACUCGUUCGGUGGAGCAGACGCUAAUCCCGCUGGUGUCUCAGAUCACAACGCUGAUCAACCACAAAGAGCGUCCCAGGAAGUCUGAACGCACCUUGGCGGCCAUCCAGCGCGUGGGCCAGGCGGUCAGCGUGGCGGUGGGCCGCUUUGUUGCCGUCGGGGAGGCCAUCGCUCUCGAGAACCACGAGCUCAAGGAGGAGAUGGGACACGCCUGCUUCGAGGCACGUCGCGCCGGGGACGCCAUAGCUAAGCUGACCGACGUGGGCCCGGCCUGCGGUCCCCCUUCACCCUCGGUGACCGUGUUCAGCGAUCGCACGGGCAUGGUGAAGGCCGCCCGUCUGCUGCUGUCGUCCGUCACCAAAGUUUUGGUAUUGGCCGACCGCAUCGUCAUCAAGCAGAUCGUGGCGUCGCGCAACAAGGUCCUGGUGACGCUGGAGCAUCUGGAACGCGUGAGCACCUUUCAGGAGUUUGUGCAGAUCUUCAGCCAGUUUGGCAAUGAGAUGGUGGACUUUGCCCACCUCACCGGCGACCGACAGAACGUGAGUCGAGAGCGCUGCGCCCUCGAGCAGGUCGUGGACAUUGUGACGGAGGCUCGCGGCUGCGCUGACAGCAUUGUUCCCGCGAGCGUCUACAACGCCAUCAAGGACUACAGAACGAGCGUGGAGUGCCUGCGCGACAACCUGUACGCCUCCCUGCCGGAUGGCGUGGGCCGCCAGAUGGAGGUGCUGGUGGAGCGCACCGAGGACUUCACAGACUCGCCAUACACGGGACACGAGCAGCGCCAGGCCAUCCUGGGCAUGUGCCAGCUGGCCCGGCAGGAUGCGCAGCAGCUGCUGCACGCCUGGAACCAGGCUCAACAAUCAGUCCAGGCCAAGGAGACCACAGAGGAGUUGGAGGUGGCCAUCGCCAAGUCAUGCCAGAGCGUCAACGACCUCAGACGUGAGCUGCACAAGGUGGCGGUGGGCCGGGCCUCGGAACUGCUGAGGGUCCACGCUGAGGACUCGCCCCUGUACGCACUCAAGGCCGCCAGCACCGAGGGCAACCUGGAGGCGGUGGCGCAGUAUUCCCGAGCGCUGACAGAGCAGAAGGAACAACUGGUGGAAAACUGUCGGCUGCUGUGUCACGUGUCCGGGACCGAGCCGCUGGAGAUCACCUGCGUGCAUGCCGAAGAGACCUUCCAUGUGAUUGGCCCGCAGAUCAUUUCGGCGGCGCAGACCCUGGCGCUGCACCCAUCCAGUAAGAUCGCCAAGGAGAACCUGGAGGUGUUCUGUGAGGCCUGGGAGUCUCAGCUGGGUGAUGUGGCGCUGCUGCUGCGCGAGAUCGACGACGUCUUGGAGGGGAAGCGAGGAGACAAAAGAACGUAUUUGUCACUUCCCAGAUCCGGAAAGCAUUCUGCUAAUAUGAAGAGCGCCAAGCCGGUUAAGUUGGACCCUGAGGAGCAGAGCAGCAUGGCCAAAGUGGGCUUGGAGCUGCGUCUGUUGUCAUCCGACGUUGACGCCGAGCUCGAAAAGUGGGAGGAGCAAGAGCAGCAGGUGGUCCGCCACAGCCAGAGCGUGGCCAGCAUGGCUUACAACAUGUACCUCUUUACCAGAGGGGAGGGGCUUCUCAAGACCACACUCGAUCUUUUCCAUCAAGCUGAGGUUCUGUCGGAAGAAGGACUCCAGCUGUGCUCGUCCCUGCACGUCUUCUGCACACAGCUGGUUGGUGAGGAGAAGUUGGCGCUGACGUCAGAGGUGGAGAAGCUGGCCGUGUUGUGUCAACAACUACAAGCGGGUGCCAGGACCCCCGUGCACGGCAAAAGUGCCACCUUCCAGAAGGUGGACUCGUCAAUUCAGACAACCAGGAGCGUGUUGAGCCUUCUCCUGAACAUCCUUCCAGCAUGUUACAAGCUCAACGCAAAGUACAAGUACAAACGGAGCAGUCUGGGCUCGCCGCAGGACUGGCGCUCGGAAACCGACACGCCGGUCCAAGACGGUGACGCUGUGCUCCACAACAACAACAGCAACAGCGGCAGCAGCAAUGGCAACCGCCAUGACGACUUUGUCGUCAAAAUUACAGUGCAGCACAUGGCCGGCCUCAACCUGCUGGAGAGCAAGUAAUACGCACUCUGGCCUGGGGACGGCCGUGUCAUUACCGUGACAGCGACAGGGCUGGUGACAAAACUGCUGAAACAGAGAAAGAACUCAUGCUGUCCUUGGUUGGUGUCGCACCUGCUUGUUUUGUGUUGUACACACUGGGGAUGGAAUUCUUCACACCUCUGUUCAAAAUCUUAUUUGUGAGAUUUAAAAAAAUAUAUACCAAGGUCAAUCAUUUUAACUCAAAUGAAAAAACUGACAAGAGGUCAAAAGUGUGCACACCCUUUUAUAACUCGGGAUGUGAAUGUGUUUCGUUCAAUCUGAACACGUACACAUCCUUAUAAGAGGGUGUGCACACUUGUGCAACUGCAUUGUCUGUAUUUUUACUCAGCCGCUCCAAAAAUAUGUUUUCAGAUGAGUUGCACAGGUUGUAAGUCAGAAUGAUGGAAAGGGUUUUUAAAUGAUUUAUCUUGGUCUGUUUGCCAAAAACUUGGCACUAGACUAUUUAUAUCCACACAAAGUGUCGCUGCACACCAGCUACGUGAUUGUCUUGAUGUGUGUCAGUUUUGCGCUACUCUGUUGCACACUAUGUGCCAUGUAAGGACAAAAAAAAAAAAUUACAGUUAAUUGCCAAAGGCGAUCUAACGAGUGAUUGGUUAGCAUUACGCACGACGCAAAUGUUGGAUGGUACUUGGAAAUGUACGUGGAAUGCUCGGGAGCAAUUUUGUGCUGAGAUGCUUUUUGUCGUUUGUCUCAGAAUGUGAGCAGCUAAGGAUGCCGAGUACUGUAAUGAGGUGGUUCACAGGUGAAGAAAUCAUAGCUCUAGUUUUGGAUUAUAGUAAGGA